CAAGACUCUCCACUGGACUGGCAAUGUGUUGCAAACACGUUACAGAGCCAUCAAGAAAAUGAGAGGAGACGCGAGCCCUGAGUGCUAAGAGAAAUGCUGCUGCUAUCUUACAAGCUGCCUUCCGAGGAAUGAAAUCCAGACGACUCUUCAAACAAAGACAUCAGGCUGCCAGCGUUAUCCAGAGAGCUUACAGCGCACACUGUGAACACCAGCAGUAUCUGACCUUAAAAUCCUCUGUCCUCACCAUUCAGAGGACGUAUCGGGCGACUGCAGCAGCAAAGGUACAAAUGCAAAAAUACCAAACAAUGCGCAGUGCUGCUGUUGUCUUCCAGGCAGCAUACAGAGGUCAGCAGGUCAGAAAGCAGGUUGCUCGCUGGCAUCAGGCUGCCACUGUGAUCCAGUCUGCCUUCAGAAAGCACAGAGAGGAAGUCAAAUGCCAGGCCAUGCGUCUGUCCGCCAUCAUCGCCCAGAGAUGCUAUCGCGGCUGUAUUCUUCAGAGGCAGGAAAGGGAAAAGUUCCUGAAAAUGAAGCAAUCCACCAUCGCUCUUCAGGCAUUGUUUAGAGGCUGGUGUGUCAGGAGGGACAUACGCCGACAAAAUCAAGCUGCAAUUGUGAUCCAGUCGUCUUGGAGAUGCUCAGUGCAAAGACGCAUCUUCCAAAGGACGCGUGAGGCAGCUAUGAAACUUCAGCGGAGAGUCCGGGCUGUGCAGCUUGGCACGUUGGAGAGGAACAACUAUACCCGGAUGAGGAAAGCUGCCAUAACACUUCAGAAACACUGCCGAGCCUGGAUUGCAAGACGACAGCGAUGGGUAAGAUCGAGGCAGCAGAGGCGACGGUGUCUGGAGGACAGGAGGAAGGUGCAUAUAGCCCAGAGAGCGGUGAAGUGCUGGUUAGGUCGUCGCCACAAGGCGGCCUCAGUCAUCCAGCAGGCCGUCCGCAAGCUCCUCCUUCGGAGACGCCAGGAGACGGUUCAACAAGGCAUCCUCAAAGCUCAGGCUUUGUGGAGAGGACACCGCUCCCGCCGACAGAAUGACGAUGCCAGGUUGGUCAAAUUAAGACACCGCUUUCGCAAAGUCUAUGCCGGCGUCGGAGAGGAGGACAAACUGUGCAACAAGACGUCGUCCGCCCUGGACUACCUGCUUCGCUACAAACACUUCUCCUCUAUUCUAGAGGCCCUGAGAAACCUCGAGACCGCCACCAGCCUGUCCCCAGAGUGCUGUGAGCGGCUGGUUGAGAGAGGAGCCAACGUCAUCGUCACACUCGUCCGCUGCUGCAACAGGAGCGUCCCUUGCAUGGACGUCAUCACCUACUCCGUCCAGAUCCUCCUCAACCUCUCCAAGUACCACCAGAGCAUCGAGGCAGUGUAUUUGGUGGACAGCUUUGUGGAGCCGCUGCUGGACCUACUGCUUCUUUAUAUUUUUUUCUUUAGGAGGUUAUGAAGCUACCCAAGGUACUGGAUAGACUACGCAGUAUUUACACGGCUCGCAAACACAAGAUGGACGCUGAAAGAACUGUGCCAAAGUAUGUAUGUGUGUGCGUAUACAGUAUACACAGUACUGUAUUUCUCAGAGAUAUACAGCUUGUAAGUGUUUGCAGCAGUAAUUGACGUCUCGUUUUUGU